CCCAGUCCAAUCAAGACUCAAUUCUAUUGCUAGAAGCUAAUCUAAAGUCUUAAGAAUACCAUAAUAGAAGGUUGAACGAACGAAAAAUACCACCACAACGCGGACGCCAGCCUUGGUGCAAUUACACAUUGUACAGCAAUUGCCGGCAAUAAGCCUCUAAGGCCCGUGGUGCACUUACUAUCUGCACGGCAUAUAAAACGUGCUAUCAGAGUUCAGGAUAUGUCCCCCAGCUAUCUCCGACGGCAUGGGAGAAGAACCAUUGGCAUGUAGAUAGCGGGAAGACUGGAUGGGAUGGCCAGCCACAUGAAAGCCUCCUCGUCACCCCCCUCCAUCGCAUAUACUUGCGCGAAGGCUUCUGCAUCAAUGUGCCACUGCAUCCAUAAAGGCAUAUUAACUUGCUACGCUAAUACGGUAGCUCCCGUUAUGUCUGCCAUGUUUCAAAAUGCAAGAAGGGAUUUUCAAAACUCCUGCACCUGCCCUACUUCGCCACACCUGAUGCGCCUUAUCAAAUCCCCGAAAAAGUGUCCGAAAGCACGAGCCAUAACCUCGCCGAGCGCACAUGAUAAUCGGGCUACUCCCAGCCAUGGCCUACUGUCUCCACUUGCUUUCGGACCAGUUUAAAAUGGCGCUUUUAUGAUGGAUGGCAUAAAUGCCCCGUGCAGGUCCACACCCCGGAGCCUCGAUCAUAAAAGCGCUUAUUCGAGUAAUGACCCUCUGUGAUUAUGUCGCCGCAUUCGAUACACCGCCACACAUCACCGGAUCCGGGGAACCAACGAACCAUUCCCGCACUGGUCGCGGUCAGUUACGGUCGUCCUGUGAAGAGCAUGUCGGUUGUCGUUGGGCAGGGUCGUGGUGGUCGUGGACAGUGUCGCAAUGAGUACGUCGCCGCAUUGGCUGCUACUUCAUCGCUGGUGGCAUCAGUCGCAUGUGCGGGAUGGUCCUCGCCGGCGCUCCCUGUUCUGCGUGGACCAAACUCACCGAUUCCGGUCACACCGGACGAAGGCUCGUGGAUCGUUUCGUUGCUCUCGAUAGGAUCCAUUUUUGGACCAGUAAUCUGUGGCUUGUUCGUGGAUCGUUAUGGCAGACGGCCGGUGCUGUUGGUCAGUGCGAUCCCGUUGGUCGCCGGUUGGUUGUUCAUUGCGUUCGCCGAGUCCGUCGGCAUGCUGUACACCGCUCGGCUGCUGCACGGCAUCGGAUAUGGAUUGGCGUACUCGGUCACACCGAUCUAUCUGGGUGAAAUAUCGUCCGACGCGAUUCGCGGAUCGACUGGUGUGCUUGUGACGGUGAUGGCUAAGCUGGCGUUCCUGUUCGAAUACUCCGUCGGUCCGUACGUUGGAUUCCGUGCCCUAGCCUGGAUAUCGCUGGCACUUCCAGUUGGGUUCUGUGUGCUGUUCUUCUGGAUGCCAGAGACACCGUACUUUCUGCUCGCGCGUGGCAAUAAGAAAGCUGCUGCCGACAGUUUGCGCUGGCUGCGCCGCAGCACUGCGAUCGACGAGGAGCUGAAUCGCAUGGAGAAGCUUGUGCAGGACAGCAAGCAGAAGGGUAAUCCUCUGAGGCAACUGCUGCUGACGUCCACCAACAAGAAGAGUCUCGUCAUUAUCCUGCUGCUAUCGCUCGGCAUGCAGCUGACCGGCAUCAACGCCAUCCUGGGCUAUUCGCAGACGAUCUUUUCCCGGCUGGCUCUCCCGCUGACCGCUGCCGAGCUGUCGAUCGUGCUCGCCCUCGUACAGUUGGGCUCCGUGAUGCUGCCGACGUUCCUUGUCGAUCGUGCAGGACGACGACCGCUGCUUCUCGCGUCCACCGCCGGCUCUUUACUCGGGCUGGCCACGUGUGCCGUGUACUUUACGCUGGAUGAAACCACGACCGAUGUUCUCUCCCCCGAACCAGGCGCACCACAUGGAUGGAUCCCGUUCGGUGGUGUGCUGCUCUUCAUUAUUUCGUUCGCGAUCGGUUUGGCCACCGUACCGUUCGCCAUACUGGGUGAGGUGUUCCCGAAGCACAUAAAGGCGGCAGCAAACUCCGUAUUUGCGGUGAUUACGUCCGCCGUUAUGUUUUCCGUGGUGAAGCUCUUCCAGGUCAUUUCGGACGGGGCGGGAACGUACGUUUCCUUCUGGAUCUUUACCGGAUGUACGGCCGUGACGGGGGUUCUGAUUUUCCUGGUGAUCCCCGAAACGAAGGGCCAAUCGUUUGAGCGUAUUCAGGAGAUGAUGAUGCGGCCGCCCACGAUUGCGGUGCUGAUGCUUUUGUUGCUGAUACCCACGUCGUCGGAGGUGGAAAUUGAUUGCAACAGUCUACGGAUGGGACAGUACAUCUGUCCCGACCCGACCCUUCGCCAAAUCGAUCCCAAAACACAGCAGCUGCGAGGAUGCACGCAGGAAAACAAGGCACGCGUUUGGUGUGUCGCUGUCGAUGGGAUUGUGUGCAGUGAGACGAAGAACACUAGCUUCACGCGCGAGAUGCCAUGCAAGUGGACCAAUGGAUAUCACUUCGAUACAGCGCUCUUGCUCUCCGUGUUCCUCGGCAUGUUCGGUGCGGAUCGAUUCUACCUGGGCUAUCCGGCACUCGGUCUGCUCAAGUUCUGCACCCUUGGCUUCAUGUUUCUGGGCCAGCUGGUGGACGUGAUAUUGAUAGCAACACAGGUCGUCGGCCCGGCGGAUGGGUCGGCGUACAUCAUACCGUACUACGGGCCCGUCAUUACGGUGGUGCGGAGCGAUAACUGGACGUACCGACUGCCGCAGGACAACUGGUGAUUGCUGGCCAACAUCUUCCGGCUACCCCGAUGGCCCCGAACAGAAACCUAAAGCUGCGACAGACGCUUGCCUUAUCGAAAUGGGAAUGAUGAGUUGAAUGAUCUCUCCCUCACGGCCCCCCAAAAAUACCGCUCCCGAAGGAGCGGACGUCCCCCAGUUGUGGCUCCAGAAGCAAAACGGUGCAAAAUGUGAUACGAUAGCGGUAGUGAUGAAAGUCCCUUUUUUUUCUAACCCAGAAUAGAGAUGCGAAUAAAAUGUAGUUAAUUAAAGAAA